AUGUCCGGUAUUCAUCCGCCUAGAGUGCCAGAAGGCCUCCGGAGCCUUAUGAAAAACUUUACAAAAGAUAUGUUAAAGGAAAAGCCUCCAAAUAUUUAUGAGUUUUCAGCGCAGUACUUUGAGGCAAUGGUUCUUAAUAAGAAAGACUUUAAGCAUCGAGGGUUUGAGGGAAAUUCGAGCUGUGCAAAUGUAUUUGAAAAUAGUGCUGAUCUAACGAAAAUCCAGGUUCCUCUUUCAAUCAUUUACUCUGUAAUACCAGAGGAAUUAACUGAAUUGAUAAAAGACUUCAUAAAAGCAGUGUUAAGGAAUAAUCCACACAACAUAUGCGAGUUUGCUGUUGAAUAUUUUCGCACUUUGAAAGAAAAACGCGGUAACAAUAAUGGGGUAGUUAAAUAUCCCCCAAAUGAAGAUUACCUUAAAAGUGCUCAGUAUUUUCCAGUUAAAUCAUAUAGUACUGUAGAAAAGGAAGGCAAUAGAGAUAUUUUGAAAACCGAACAAGUCCCACAAGAUGAAGAACUAGUGACUCAUAUGAAGAAAGGAAAAGGCCAAAUUACCGAUAAUAACAAAACCAAUGAGAAAAAAAAGCUUAAGUUUUCCCAAAAAGAAACGGUUACACAACAACUUAAAGGCAAUAUUAAAAGCGAUAGAGAUUCAGCACAACCUUUGCUGACCCCAUUUGAGUUUUCAUCUCAAUCGGGCACUCAACAGUACAUACAGAAUGCAACGGCCGUGCAAGAUAUAAAUUCCGUUACUAGAAGAGAAAUUGAAAUAGCUGAAAAUAACGGUAUUUCCAGUUUGUCAAGUUAUGCGUCAACAAUUCAGCAAGAAUCGAUGAGCGAAAAAGUUUCAAAACCUCCUGAGCCUUUGGUAGCUGAUUUAAGUAAAAAUAACAGCAUAAUGGUUGAUGAGAAUAUGAUUGGAAAACACAAUAUAACUAGCAAUGAGAACGGGAAAGAACAGCAAUCUGAUCAAAUUGGAAUAAUUCAGAGUAAUAAAGAAGAACAAACCCCGUUAUUUCUGAUUCAAAACGACACGGCAAUGGCCGGAAAUGGUCAUACGCCAUUAGCCCAUAUUUCCAAACUUGAAAACGAAGAAUACCAGACUCAUACCUCGAAGCAUAGCAUAGUAACCGAUGUAAAUGAUAACUAUGCAAUAGUUGAUAACCAAAGCGUUGAUAUAUCAAAAACAAAAUUUAUUCCAACUGCAUCCAAUAUAAACAACGAAUCCAACAAUAACAUUAUAUACAAUGAAAUCACAAAUAAACUACCACAUCAUAAUGAAAUUCGAAAUCAUAGUCAUAAUGCUGAUAUUUCAAAACAAGAAACGAAGAAAUCAUCAAGCGAAACCCUUGAAAGGGAAAUAUUAUGGGGUAAGGACAAAACACCAACAGAGAACAUUUCGAGCAGUAAGGAACAUACGAUAAUUGAACUAAAAAAUGAAAAUGAUUUUAAAGCACGAGAUAAUUUUUCGGAAUCAUCUGAUAAUACAUCUACCGAUAUUUUAGUGAGUGCAGAGAGUACACUUAAACCGGACCAUGGCACAUCAAUGGAUAAAGUUAUGGUCCAUAACCAGAACAAGAAUGAUAAUCAUGAACAGAGUCCACACGUUACAAACCCAAGAGUAAACGAACAGUCACCCAGUACUUUGAUAAAAUCAGCAAACUUAACCCCUGCUUUGAAAUCACCGAUAAAGUCCUCAGUUAACGAACAAAAUAUCACUGUAAUUUCCGAAAACGAGAAUGACGCCAAGCAAAAAGCAAAAGAGGAAUCAAGUGACCCCACUACCCCCGAAAUUAGUAGCACAUUAACCAACAAAGAGCAAAAUACAUCUGAAAUAAAAUCUGAAAAUGAGAUUAAAGCACGAGAUAAUUUUUCGGAAUCGUCUGAUAAUACAUCUACCGAUAUUCUAGUGAGUGCAGAGAGUACAUUUAAACCAGACCAUGGCACAUCAAUGGUUAUGGUCCAUAACCAGAACAAGAGUGAUAAUCAGGAACAGAGUCCACACGUUUCAAACCCAAGAGUAGACGAACAGGUAUCCAGUACUUUGAUAAAAAUACCGAUGAAUUCCUCAGUUAACGAAGAAAAUAUCACUGCAAUUUCCGAAAACGAGAAUGACACCAAGCAAAAAGCAAAAGAAGAAUCAAGUGAGACCAUUGCCCCCGAAAUUAGUACCACAUUAACCAGCAAAGAGCAAAAUACAUCUGAAAUAAAAAAUGAAAUUGAUUUUAAAGCGCAAGAUAAUUUUUCGGAAUUAUCUGAUAAUACAUCUACCGCUAUUUUAGUGAGUGCAGAGAGUACACUUAAGCCAGACCAUGGCACGUCAAUGGAUAAAGUUAUGGUCAAUAACCAAAAGAAGAGUGAUAGUCAUGAAGAGAGUCCACACAUUUCAAACUCAAGCAUACACGAACAGUCACCCAGUACUUUGAUAAAAACAGCAAACUUAACCGCUGCUUUGAAAUCACCGAUGAAUUCCUCAGUUAACGAAGAAAAUAUCACUUUCAUUUCCGAAACCGAGAAUGACGCCAAGCCAAAAGCAAAACCAGAAUCAAGUCAGACUCUUGCCCCCGAAAUUAGUACCACAUUAACCAACAAAGAUCAAAUUAUAUCUGAAAUAAAAAUUGAAAAUGAUUUUAGAGCACGUGAUAAUUUUUCGGAAACAUCUGAUAAGACAUCUACCGAUAUUUUAGUGAGUUCUGAGAGUACACUUAAACCUGACAAUGCCAAUGGAACAAAUGGUCGCUCAGUAGACACUUGUAAUGAAAAAUCUUCCUUGAUGAAUACACCAGAAUCAAACGCUGAUAAAACAGUGAACAAAGCAUUACUUUAUAGAGAAAAUGGGCUGGAUAAUCAUAAACAAAAGGAUUUUAUAUCAAAAUCAUUGGGAGACGAAGCAUCAAUCAAUAGCCUUGCCGCUGAAACUGAAACGAAGGAUAUUGAGCAGUCUGACUUACUUACUGAAAGUAAAGAUGGCAAAAUAAACCACCAUAUAUUGGAACCGCACGAGGCCUCCAUGAGCCAAGCUGUUGGUAACUUUACACCUGCUGAUAAUAUUGAGAAUAAAAAGUUUAAACAAGCAUACAAAUAUAAAGAUGAAUAUAUCGGAAGGCCUUUGAACGCACCCAUAGCAGAAAUUUACUUAAAGUCAUUCAAAACUGAAAAUACUAGCCCAUGGUACCUUAAUGAGAAUUUGGUUAAUGAAAUCGAACAUGUGGAAGUACUCAAUAAUAUAAGUGAUGUCGAAAAUGAAGGAAGAACGCAGCUAGAUAUUUCGAUUGUUGAUCAAAUAAAACGACCUGAUAGUAAUGAAACUGAUAGUUUAAACGAAAGCACAUUUGAAAAGGACUCAUUGGAAGCUUAUUCUUCUAAAGAGACUGAUAUCGACGAAGAUUCUUUGGAAUCAGGCUCAGUUGUAGAUAAUAAACUUUCUCAGAAGUUUAAAAAUAAUUCCGAGGAGAGAAUGCCUACUUAUCUCUACGGAAUUCAAAUUCCAGAACAAAGUGUAGUUAAAGGUCCACAGCCUUUCAAAAGGUCAACUGCCUUUAUAAUUCCCAUUGAAAAUAAUAAACCUGCUUAUUUUUACAAUAACAACAAUAAAUUCGAAAAGGUGCUGAUUGAUGCUGACAGUACCAACAUCUCAAUGGAUGAUUUAAACAAUAUUAAGAGUGCAAAAACAGACAGAGAACAGAGUAACGCAUCGGAUCAAAUUAAUAAUAAAGAGUUAUUUUUAAAAACUAAUACAGAAAGCUUAACAAAUAUUGGACAGGACAAGUAUGUAAUACCUCAAAACGAGCAAAUCGAAAAAGUCUCUGAUAGUAGUUUGCAAACAAUAAAUGAAGUAAAUGAGCAGGACAAGGAAUGUGUUGGUGCAGAUUGUAUUUUCUCUGAAAAUGAAAGCUAUUCAUCAAGCAGUUGGACUGACUCUAGAGAGGAUGAACGAUUUAUUCCGUCAAGCUGUGCUGAGAAUAUGUUUGAAACACCUAUUUCUAAUAAAGAAAAACAAUUGAAUACUACACAAACAAAACUGCAAGGCGGCAUAUAUGAAAUAGGCAUUUCGAAAAACUCUCUAGAACCUGAUGAAGGACUAUCAUAUAUAGAAAGGAACACAGACGACGAAAAUAACCAUAUCGACCUGAUUAAAGAAAGUAAGUGUUCUAUUUCCAAAAUGCAAAAUGACUCAUUUCAAAAUGAUUUCUUUAAAAAGCUGCGAGCUGCCAUAAUUAUUCAACGAGCAUAUCGCACAUUUAGAGCCAAAGAUCACAUCAAUAGCAACACGACUUUUGAACAAAAAAUUCUUCAAAAUUUGGCAGCCACAAAAAUUCAAAGAGAAUUUCGUAAAUACAUUCAGCGUAAAACUGACAAAGUAGAUGUGAUGACCGCAGAAAAACGUUUAGUUGAUAAAGCUUAUAACACUCAAAUUUGUAUGAAUACAAACUCAGAUAUACACCAUUUAAUGAUAUCAGAGAUUGACACUGAAAUCUUAAAUAAUAAUAAGAUUAAGCUGAUACCUAAACCUAUAAAUAAAACUCUACAUUCAGAAGAAAAGAAUUCAGUUCAUGGGGAAACUAAUAAAAUGGAAGUAGCUGCUACUUUAAUACAAAAUGCUUUCAGAAUAUUUAGAGCCCGAAAACAUACAAGAGGAAAUGAAUUAAGAAGUAGCCAUAAUUUGGCUUCACAACUUUCAAGAGAAAAUUCAUCGGAAUUUACUAAUCCCAAAUUCCAAUCUAACUCUGCAAUCAUGAACAAAGCUAGUUGGUUUGUGGGAGCUCAACCAAUUGAAUUAUCGCCGGAUUUAGAUCAGCAUUGCAUGCUUGUUGAUAGAAGCGAUUCAUGCACUCUUAACGACAUAUCUGCAAUAGGUGAAUUAUAUAAAGGGACGUCACAAGUAUCACUUACAAAAGCAAAAACAAUAAAAUAUAAUCAAUUCGAUUCCAUAGUAACUCUUCCCGAAGUAGAAUGUGAAACAUAUCAUAAGUCAACAGAAGGAACGGCGCACUCAGGUAAUCUAAAUGUGACUGAAAAUGCGGACAACUCAAAGAUCAAUGAAGAUGUUUUAAAUUUUGCACCAGCUGACAACUCCCAAUCACCGGCUGAACUGAGUCCAUCCAGCCGUUCGAAAGACACUGAGAUUUCAAUUCCUUUUGAACGCCUUCCUGAAAUCGCAGAAAAUUAUGAUGAUUACAAUUUAUCAUUCGAUGAAGUAGCUAGCAAACUACGCGACCAUGGUAAACUGGUUGAAAAAAUGCAACAACAGCGACUAACCAAAGGUGAUUAUUUUGAUACGGAACUCAACAAUGAAGUUAGAAACAAAAGCUUUGAGGAACCGAUUAUCUUGGCCAUGCAGAAAUUGCAACAAAGUAAAAAAUCAACUCCAGAUUCGGAAGAUGAAAAUGUAAUAGUUAAUCAAAUUGAUUUCGGCAACACCCGCGAGAGUUCAGCCUUCAGUGAUUCUAUAAUUAUUGAUCAGCUAUCUUAUGAAGAGAUCCAAAAUGAAAUUUUUAAUAAUCCCUCAAGUAGUCAAAUUAAUUUGAAGCGCCAUGCAACUAUUGAACAUGAGUCGAAUAACGGUGUAAAGCAUAUUAAAAUGCAGAACAAUAUUAAAUGUAAAGCUGAGGGAAGCCUCUAUUUAGAUGAUGUUACUUCAGAAAACAUAAGACAAAAAAUGAGGGCUUCUUCAUUAUCUAAUGCGGAAUCAGAGUCAUUGGAAUCUGAUGACUGUAUCCAUGCAAGUUUUUAUAUCUGUGGCUCAGAACCAGUAGAUUUUAAUGGUAUUUCAACUGACACUGAAUCCACAAUUAUUGUUAAUUUAACCAAACCACAUAGUACGCGUAUUAAAGAAAGUGAGUCCAUUGAUGAAUCCUUGGAGACAUUUGUCGAAGAAAGUGCAGCUAAAACAAUACAAACAGCAUAUCGUAACUAUCAUCGAAACAAGCUUCUAAAGAGAGCUGAAACUACUGCUCGUCGUAUGACUCUACAAAGAGGUAACGCGAUACAGAAUAUAUCCAUAACUGAGGAAGAUAAACCGUUUUGUACAAAUUCUGGACAACAGAGUGAAACCGUACACAAGCCUUCUUCCAAAGCAAUUGAAGUCCGUGAGACAUCUACUACAAAUUAUAAGUUAAAGUGGAUUUCAUUGAGGCAAAAUUCAUUACCGGUCCAAAUUGACUCAGAAAUUUUUCGCGUAAUUCCAAAGCACAUGCGUAAACGAAUCCAGAGUGCAGGAGACAAAAAAAGGGAAUAUAAACAUUAAUAGAAUGAAAUUCAAAAUUAAAAUCCAAAUGUUAAAAUAGCUUAAAAAAU